CUCGAAUCCUACGCAGCCUCCAUGAAGGUCGGAAAGCCUAAAUCUAAGCGCGUCCCUGUGCGACUGCGGCAGAAGAUUGUGAAAGCUUCCGCAGCGAAGCAACGGAAAGCACGAAAACUGGCCAAGAAGAACCCUGAAUGGAGAUCGAAAGUAAAAAAGGAUCCUGGAAUCCCGAAUCUGUUUCCAUACAAAGACAAGAUCUUGCAGGAGAUUGAGGAGACGCGAAGGCUAAAGGAGGAGGAGAAGGCCCGUCUUCGGCAAGAGGCUAAGACGCAGAAGUCUUGUCUAAAUGAUCCGGCAGAUGCCAUGGAGGACCACUUGGACAACUCCGAGUCAGAUGAAUUCGCCGAUGUAGAUUCUACAAACGGAGAUUCCAUGGAAGUGGAUGAUUCAAAUCCUAUGGCCGCGCUGCUUGCUUCUGCAAAAGCGCGCGCUGCCCAGUUUGACGAAAAGAAGGCACAUGACGGAGACGAAAUGGACGAAGAUGAUAACGACGAAUGGGACGGCUUUGAUGAAGACAACGGAAGCCCUUCCACCGCAAUGAUACAUAAAGAUUCAUCCAGAAAGGCUUUUGACAAAGUAUACAAGCAAGUUGUUGACUCUGCGGAUGUUGUUCUGUACGUGCUCGACGCGAGAGACCCAGAGGGCACCAGAUCUAAAGAGGUGGAACAUAUGGUCAUGGCCGCAGACGGGGGCGCUAAACGCCUCAUAUUUGUUCUCAACAAGAUUGAUCUUAUUCCGCCAACGACACUUAAGUCUUGGCUUGUCUACUUGCGCCGAUCCUUCCCUACAUUACCACUCCGGGCCUCAAAACCAGCGUCGAACGCAAGAACCUUCGACCAUAAAGAGCUCACCAUCAAAGGAACAUCUGAAACACUGUUCAAGGCUCUUAAGACAUUUGCGGAAUCUAGGCAGCUCAAACGGGCCAUCAAAGUCGGCAUUAUUGGUUAUCCGAACGUUGGAAAGUCAUCGGUCAUUAACGCUCUCACUUCAAGGUUAGGGGGUAGGACCGCAGCAUGUCCAGUAGGAGCGGAAGCUGGGGUGACCACCAGCCUACGUGAAGUCAAGCUGGACAACAAACUCAAGUUGUUAGACUCUCCUGGAAUCGUUUUCCCAAAUUCUAGUGAAGGCUCGAAAGCGAGCAAGGUUGAGGAACAAGCAAGACUCGUCCUCCUCAAUGCUAUCCCUCCGAAAGAAAUCCACGAUCCCGUUCCCGCGGUCAACCUCCUUCUAAAGAGGCUGUCCUCUUCGGCUGAGCUCUUUGCGAAGCUAACAGAUGUUUACGACCUCCCACCUCUGCAUACUGUUAACGGAGAUGCGACAACCGACUUUCUGGUUCAGGUUGCAAGGAAGAGGGGUCGACUGGGGAAAGGAGGGGUGCCAAAUCUUCACGGUGCCGCACAAGCUGUGAUCACAGAUUGGAGGGAUGGUAGGAUCCAAGGUUGGGCCGAUCCUCCAACUAUACCUGUUGUUAAAGCAGGGGCAGCACGGCCUUCUACCACUUCAACAGGUCUUGUCGUGGAUCAGAAAGAGAUUGUAAUGGAAUGGGCUGCUGAAUUCAAGCUGGAGGGACUCUGGGGUGAUGAUGUAACCGCCGCAGUUGAUACUAUGGAAAUUUAGGAGGGCUUUUGGUAUUUCGAACGAAUCCAAUGCCUAGGUAUGGCAUUUCAAGGCGUUUUCGGACUUAAUUGUCCCAAAAUGGUAGACGACGUGAACAGCAAUGCGCGUCCAAUUGCACUUGGU